AACAGACAAUUCAGUGUGCUUAACAAUUAUCAGGACAUUACUAAGCACUAAUACUAAGUACUUACAUGGUAAUUACCUAGUAAGUUAAAGUGUAUUAUUGUUUCUGAGUUCUUAAACAGUUAUUACAUGUAACUCGGGUUCAAUUCUAGUUUUUAUUUUGAUUAAUCAUUCCCAGUAAAUACUUCUUUACACAAUAAUUACACUUUAUUACAAUUAUACACUUUAAUUGCACAAUAAUACACUAACUUACUGUGUAAUUACCAUGUAAGUACUUAGUAAUUAGGGGACUGUAAAAGGAGGUGUUACCCAAUUCUUUUCAUCUUUAUUCUAGAUCUACGACCUUCUAUUCUCCUAACUUGAACAUCUCUGGUUUGAAUCGAUGGUUUGAAUUGAGAAGCUUCAGAGGAUAACUGUAGAUCUUCCAGGAACCUGAAAAACAAAUGAACAAACAUGUAAAAUUCCCAUGAUGAAAUGAUAAUCCUUUUCCUUACGUUAUUUAGCUUUUCGAGCUUCCCGUCUUUAUCCUGGGGUGAUCGGUUUAAUGUGCUUCUUAGAAUUAGAAUCUUGUUCUGACUCCUCUGUAGCCAGCUUGGUGAACGUUGCAGUAAAAUGAGAAAGAAAACUUUUGCAACAACUUUUAUUCUUUGACUAAUUGUCACAUGUUUAUGUUUACGUGCUGUACAUCUUUGUUUAAAAAUCUAUGAAAAUAUAACCUUUUAACCCUUGAAAGGGAGUGAGGCUUUUCAAGAAUUUAUUUUUUCUUCAGUCUUUUCUUUUUUUUUAAGUUUCUGGUUCAGGCUGCAAAUCAUGACUUAAAAGUGCACAUGAGAUCUUAUGUGACCAGUCGACCUAUAAAGAGUUAAGGUCAGAGGUUGUGAUCCUACAUUAUGAAAGAAAUGAGGGACCAAAAGGGGCAUCGUGGGAGUGUUUCAAGUCCUCCGCUGAACAAAAACGCUGCAAAAGCUUAUCUAGCAUUUACUAAAAAUAAUCUCUAUUAAUUUUUUGAAAAGAUUCUGUGUAUUAUCGAGAGAAAAGCAGAACUUUCUCAGAGACGUGUGUCCCAUCUGGAGAAAAACUACCACUAAAACAUCUUGGCAACAGUCAGACAUGGUGGUGGUAGUGUGACAGUCUGGGGUUGCUUUGCUGCUUCAACACUUGGAUCACUUGUUUAUAAUCGAUGGAACCAUUCUGCUUUUACCAGAAAUAUCCUGAAGGAGAAUGUCUGGUUGUUGGUUCAACGCCUUAUUCUGAGGUGCACGUGUGAUGCACUAGAACAAUGAUCCAGUGCUGUGACCUGACCUUAAACAGAUCCUUCAUGAUAGGAAAACUCCCUUACGUGGAAAGGUUCCUCUACAGUGAUGAGAGAGACUACCAGUUACCACAAAAACCUGAUUGCAGUUGUUGCUGCCAAAGAUGGUUUAGAGGGUUGAUCACAUAUGACCAGCUUGGUUUGGAUUCAUUUAUUUUUAUGCCUAACAAAUGAAAUCCUCAUUCCAGAAACAUGUACUCAGGAAAACUUAAACAUUUAACUAUGACCCCAAAAAAGCAAAAACAAGGAACUCUGUGAAAUGAUUUUUUUUCUUUGUCACAGAGCUGAAAAUCAGGCAUCUUCUUUCAUGUCAGUGUGUUGGAUGUAUUAGAAAAGUGUGAGAAGCGUUUGUGUGGUUUGAGCCCUGUGUAGCUGGACAGUUGGUGUGUGUGUUUGUGCUGAGCAGGCCUGUUUGCUGAAUCCUCUUGGCUCUGUCUCCAUGUGCCCGCACACAGCGCUCACUGGCAGCUGGCCGGGCGGGCGGGCAGGGCAGUGUGUGCCAACACAGCUGCCUAUUGAGAGGCAGCGUUACGGACACAAUGUGAGCGACAGACUUGCUGUAUCAACAGCUCCCCCUUUUCUGCUGUUGUGGCCAGAAAUAAACCAUAAAUACCCCCUCGGAUCGGCCCUCUAAUGGCUCAACCCCACCAAACAUCAAGUUGUACCAAAAAAGAGGGACACUACCAUUCUCUAGCAGGCAUACCCAGGUAUAAACGCCUCAUGCUGGACACAUGGAUUUUUUUUCCACUGAUUUAUCAUCCCUGCAAAGGAAUUAGAUGGCUCUGCAACAAUAGAGACCCAGACUUGGAUGUUUUGAGGAUUAUGGAGUUCAACUUCUUCUGAAGAGUUUGAUUAACAAUAAGUCCAGUUGAAAAAAGAAAAUGAUUUCAGGUGAAACUGUGACAUGAAACUUUACUCUUUUGUGCAUAUUUCUGCCUGUGUGUGUGUGUGUGUGUGUGUCCGAUGGAUGGUGCUUUGUUGUGCUGCUGCCAAGAAGUGGAGGAGCAGUGGAUCAGGAGGAUGUCAGAGCAGCAGAGUGCCCCAGACCAGCUGGCUGCUGGGAAGAGCCAGGGGGCAACUGGAGCCACAUACAAGGUGGUGCUGUUUGAGUUCGAAAACUUCCAGGGCUGCAAGGCAGAGUUCUCAGCAGAGUGCAAAGAUGUAACGGAGAAGGCACUAGAGAAGGUUGGAUCUGUGAUAGUUGAGUCAGGACCCUGGGUGGGUUACGACCGGCACGGGUUCACUGGGGAGCAGUUUAUUCUGGAGAAAGGUGAAUAUCCACGCUGGGAUACCUGGACCAGCAGUCAGCACAGCUACUCCCUUCUGUCUCUGAGGCCACUCAAAGUGGAUAGUUCCGAACACAAGCUACAACUGUAUGAGAACCCCGGAUUUACUGGCAGGAAGAUGGAAAUUGUCGAUGAUGAUGUUCCAAGUUUGUGGGGUCAUGGUUUUCAGGACCGUGUCGCAAGUGUCAAGGCUCUUAACGGAACAUGGGUUGGCUACAUGCACCCGGGGUACAGGGGUCGACAGUUUAUCUUUGAACGAGGAGAUUUCAAGCAUUGGAAUGACUGGGAGGCCCCUGCUCCUCAGAUCCAGUCUGUCAGACGUGUGCGGGACAUGCAGUGGCACAAGAGGGGUUGUUUCAUCGUUCCUGACCCUGCUCCCAUGCCAGGCCCAGAUCCAGAUCCUGCCCCGGCUCCUCCCGCUCCUCCUGCUAAAGCAGGGGCCAGCUGAGCAGAAUCUCUCCCCCCCCCC